UCGCUCUACUCACCGGCCCACCAACCAACCAACAACCUUAUUUUUUGCUCUGUUUACUUUCACUUUUUUUAAUUGAUAAUGGAGGGGGGCGGGUCAAGGUCAGACGACGACGACUUCCAAUUAAGUCAGAGGAAGAGACCACGCGUGGUUAAGAAGAAGAACGUUGCUGGAGCUUCUAAUCCUACUGCUGAACAAAAGACUGCCAAGAAAGUGAAGCCUACCCCUGCGCCACUUCUACCCACCCCUGACAAACUAUUAACCGUGGAGAAAGCGAAACAUCCUCUCGCUCCCCUUGGUCAACUGAAUCCGGCUGGGACGGAAGAUAAGGAGAAGAGGAAAUUGGUGACCGCCACAAGUUCUGCUCGAGACGACCCGGAUUUUCAACCCGUGCAGUGGUCACUCGUUGCUCAAGAGGAGGAUAUGGAGGUGAAGGAAGAGAGACGAUUGAGAGAUGGGAGGGGAAUUAAUAUUAAAGAGGGGGAUUUGGCUGACGAGUUUCAAAUAAAAUAUGUUGUUACACCGGAUUCUCGAGUCGGAAGAAUAACAAAAGGUGAAGGGGUAGAUCUCAUUAAACGGAAAAUACUGGAGUUGGCUGGUGCCGAGUCUACCUCCUCUGCCGGUCUGAACGUAGACGAGGCGUCCCCAGAACUUAUCUUGACGCAAGAAGACGUGGGACUGGUUGAUGAGCAAAGGGAACUUCUUUUUACCGAGAUUUUUAAGAAAGGUGGUCGUGUCCCUGUCAUUGAUAAGCCUGGAUGGAGUCUCAUCAUUCAUAAAGCCCCCACCACCGGGUUUAUUCAUUUGUGUGUAGAGAAACCAAAAGUUGAGAACGGAGUAGGCGCUUAUCAAGCUUUGAGGCUUUGUACUGAACCCAAAUGCUACCAGUACCAGCAAACACUCGCAACUGAUGUCCUUCCAAAAUGUACUUAUCAUCAACCUGAGCCAGUUUAUACCGUGGUGAAAGUACCCGACUAUAAUCGGAGAGACGUGUUGGUCCAACUUCACAUGAAAUUUGCACUCUCCGUUAAAUUAAAUGUAUCCGACGAACAGAAGGAUGAUGCGGUGGAAUUUAACCUUGGUCGUGCGUGUUCUAGAAACUCGGCUUGGUUUAAUUAUUGUGCCACGAAAGGUUUAAAAACUCGUCCCAUUCCAAAGCCAAUUUCCAUGACACACUUUGCCAACGAGGGAGACGCUCUCAAAAAGUUGUCAUUAGAGUCUACAAUCGGAAUGUUCAUGAAACUAGCCCCCGGAACUCAACCCAUCAUUAAUUUGAAUGAUCUCAUCCCUUUGUGUUACGAUAUGAAGGGUGAGCUUGAUGUUCGACUGAAGGACUUGGGGAUGGAGCUCAAAAUUCGUCGCCACUUGACACCGGAGGAGAGGGUAGAGGUCAAGUAUCUGUUUCCAGGAGAGUACUUCCUCACCAGCACCUUCACAACCACUCCCACCACCACCACCUUCAUCACUACCGCAACAGCAGCAGCAGCAUUACAAAAACCGGGCAAAGGGAAGUCGUUUUUAUAUGCCAUCAUGAGUCGGAACAUGUGGUACUUUGGGUGGAGUGAUACCCCCGAUUUCAAGGACCGUCUCACAGGAAACAAAAGUGAUGGUGUUAAUGAGUACAAACGAAUCACUGAUAAACGCCAGAAAGACAGGGAAUUGGAGAUAGAUGGACUACGGCAGAGAGAUAGAGAGUUAGGUAGAGCAGAAGAAUCAUGUACCUAUCCACCCCCACUAAAAGCUCCCACCUUGACCUGCUACCUACUCGCCAAGUGUGAUGAUGAUGAUAAGGAGAAGAAGAAGACAAAGACGAUUGAGGCUAAAAUGAUUAUUGCAGGUUAUGUUGCAUACUUGUUAGGGUUGCGUAAUCCCAUUCGACCUAACUCUGAUCUAGGCUAUUCAACAAAUAAGUGUGUCUCUAUAAGUCUUGUUGACUCUACUUCCUGGGGAGAGAUCUGUGACUUUGUUAAGUUAUUUUGGGGGGUUGAGCCAAUGCUGGGCCAAUUUAAGAAAGAUUAAACUACUUGAGGUUUUUUGUACAUGAAUUAUUUUCGAACACAAAUAAAAAAAAUAGUUAUUUAAUUAACGUAAUGUAAAUAAAUAAAUUUUAGGUUCCGUAUCUCUAGGGGAUACGGAAUUAUGUAACUUACUUGGUGGAGUAACAACAUGGCCAGAUAGAACUCCAGGAGACUGACACUUAUGACGAGAGUGAGGAUAGACAGAAACAUAGUGACUAAAAGAAGAAGAACAAGAACAAAUACAUGGAACUAUUAAAUACUUAUUGUGACAAAAA